CUAUCUGGGUGUCGAGAACUCAAGAGCCUGCCGAGCAGCAUUCAUAUGGGAUCUCUUCAAACUCUUGAUCUUUCUGGUUGCUCAAACCUUGAGAAGUUUCCAGAUAUUUCAGAUGUUAUGGAGAAGCUAUCAGAGCUUUAUUUAGAUGGGACUGCCAUUAAAGAACUGCCUUCGUCGAUUAAUAAAUUCACGGGCCUUACUGUUUUGAACUUAUCUGGGUGUCGAGAACUCAAGAGCCUGCCGAGCAACAUUCAUAUGGGAUCUCUUCGAACUCUUGAUCUUUCUGGUUGCUCAAACCUUGAGAAGUUUCCAGAUAUUUCAGAUGUUAUGGAGAAGCUAUUAGAGCUUUAUUUAGAUGGGACUGCCAUUAAAGAACUGCCUUCGUCGAUUAAUAAAUUCACGGGCCUUACUGUUUUGAACUUAUCUGGGUGUCGAGAACUCAAGAGCCUGCCGAGCAGCAUUCAUAUGGGAUCUCUUCAAACUCUUGAUCUUUCUGGUUGCUCAAACCUUGAGAAGUUUCCAGAUAUUUCAGAUGUUAUGGAGAAGCUAUUAGAGCUUUAUUUAGAUGGGACUGCCAUUAAAGAACUGCCUUCGUCAAUUAAUAAACUCACGGGCCUUACUGUUUUGACCCUAUCUGGGUGUCGAAAACUCAAGAGCUUGCCGAGCAAUAUUCAUAUGGGAUCUCUUCGAAACCUUCAUCUUUCUGGUUGCUCAAACUUUGAGAAGUUUCCAGAUAUUUCAGAUGUUAUGGGGAAUCUAUUAGUGUUAUAUUUACAUAGCACUGCCAUUAAAGAACUGCCUUCGUCAAUUAAUAAAUUCACGGGCCUUGCUUUUUUGGACCUAUCUGGGUCUCAAGAACUUAAGAGCCUGCCAAGUAGCAUUCAUGUGGGAUCCCUUUGA